AUGCAGUUCAGCAACACCGGUCAGGGCCCACUGCAAGUGCCAGGAUUCAACGGUAUUCCCCUGGACUAUCAGCUACCGCGAGAAGACCGGUUCGCCCAUGGCUUCGUAGAAUUUCGGCACACGCCGCGUCUGACCGCCCGAGAGGUCGCCAUGCUGCGAGUGAUGGAAGCCGUCACUGAGGAAGCCAGAUGGGACGAAGCGGUGCUGCAGCCGGAUGAGUCGCGGCUGGCGCAGUGGCAUGAGAAUGCGCAGAAAACUGAAGGAUUCCUGAUCAGUCCAGCCGCCUGGGACUGGUGCAUCGCUGAACUAAGGGACAAAGCGAUGGCAUGGCGCACGAGUGGCCGAAUGCUGUUGCUGAAUACUUCAUCGGCCGUCUGCGUGGCAGAAGAUGUUACACUGGCGUCGAGUUUCCAGCGAUUGAUUGCACGGCUCGCCCCUGGCCAGACGUCGCGUGCUAAACCAUCACCCGAGUCACCGGAUUAUCUUCAUUUGGUCGAUCCCUUUUUGUAUCCCCUUGUCUACGGACAGACUUGGCUCUUAGUCAGCGGAGGCCAUGUUCCUGUAACGAUCUCUUGCCAGGAGGCCCCGGUCCCUGCACAUCCCGUUGAUCAAAUGCGCCGACGGCUGCGUAUCAACCCGCGGACCGGACACCCGAACUGGUCCAGACGUAGCGGUGCGGUUGAGAGCUGCUGGUCAAACCAUUUCCAGCGGCUUCCUUGCGAAGUGAAGUUCUCCUCCGAUGGCACAAAGGACGUCUGCAUCACCUCCUAUAUCAACAACCUGCAUCCCCAGCAUCACCGGGACCUGUACGCAUUGCUGGAAAAGCUCAUUGCUCAGGCCAUUCCGACCUGGAACGACGUACUGUUCAAGGGGACGCAUGGUCGGACUCCGCCGCGCAUCCUCACCUAUGGCUUUGAAACCCACAAUGGGGAGUACCCGCCAUGGUUCGACAGGGUGAAGACGCCCAACACAAUGUACCGCCACUAUAAAGUAGCACAUACCGAGGAGCAGUGGCAGGAAGUCUGCGAUCUGGUACGACCGUAUUUGGCUCUGCCAGAACCACCAGUCUGGAAGCAAGCAUACCCGCGCAGGCCGGACGAGCCAGAGGACUGGUUGGCCGUCAUGACGCCUGACAAUCCAACGGACGCGAAAGUGUGGAAAGCCGGGAAGUACACCGGUCGGGCGAUCAUACCACAGGCCCGAGGGCGAUUCCCAGACCCCGAACACCACGGGUCCGCCUCGAUCAACUUGGCAGAACAGUUCCAGGAAGACGGCCUGCAGGUGGUCGUCCAGGUAUCGCGGAUCGACCUCACGCCCGACAACCCCACGUACGCAGGAGAGUCGAUGUUCCGCGUCGAAGGACUGCUCAACGAGCACGUUGCCGCCAACACGGUGUACUGUGUCGACGAGGAGAAUGUGACCGAAGCUCAGUUCACUUUUCAGCAUGAGGACAAGAUCCACUCACACGAGUACGACCAUUCAAACAGUCAUGUCAUGUCAUCGAUUUUGGAUUUGCCAGAUUGGGACUACCUUGAAGAUCCGCUUCUGCCUGCGGUGCACACUCUGGGAUCCGUGCCUGCCCGGAGAGGCCGACUGCUCAGCUGGCCAAACACCCUACGAUCCAAGGCCGAUAGCUUCACCUUACAAGAUCCCCGGCGCGCUGGCCACCGGACGUUAAUCAAGCUGUGGCUCGUGGACCCUCACUACCGCAUCUGCUCAACCCGCAAUGUACCUCCGCAGCAGCAUGACUGGUGGGCCGAGGCGGCGCGGAAGGCUGCUGGGUUGGAUGCGCGACUCCCAGCAGAACUUGUGCUGCUGAUUAUUGAUCAGACUGAGUCGUGGCCCAUGUCCAUGGCCGAUGCACUGGACUUGCGGGAGGAGUUUCGCCAGGAACAGGCGCGCACAUACCAGGCUGUCCAUGACGCUGCUGGACAUCAUGUCGUGGGGGAUCUGGACGCGAUACGAGACUUUAUAGCACACGGCGAGUCUCCAUAG